AUGAUUCAAACUGAAUUACCAAUGACCGUUGGAUUUCUUCUAAGAAAUCGAGCUAUAAUAGAAACAAAAAAUUUUUGUGUUUAUUGGAAUUAUUGGUAUUAUGUUUGGUCUACAAUGUCAAUUCAAUUUUCAAUGUUAACAGCUAUUAAUCGAUAUUUACUUAUAUUUCAUAAAAUAUUUUUAAUAAAAUAUAAACUGUAUUGUCAUUAUUUACCAAUAGUUUGUAUUUGGUUAUAUUUACCUUGUCUUCAUUUGUAUUUUAUUGUUUUUUUUCCUUAUGGUAAUACAACAUUUGAUUUUUCGAAAGAAUGGUGUGGUGGACCACAGUUUUUACUUAUUAGAUUUUAUGUUGCUUGGGAUACUCUCUUUGAUACAUUUACACCAGCUGCAAUUACAGUACUUUUCAAUCUUAUUAUAAUCAUAAAAGUUAUCUUUUUUAAAAAACUUCCAGCAAAUACAAUAACGAAAUGGAAGAAAAAUCGUCGAAUGAUUCUUCAAUUGACGGGAAUUUGUUGUUCACAACUUAUUGGUAGCGUGCCUUAUACCAUUGUUACUUUAGGUGAAGUUUAUGGUUCAUCAACAUUUGCGUUAGAUAUUUAUACACAAGCAUUGAUUUAUACAUUCUAUAUACCAAGUCUUUUUUCACCUCUUUUUGCGAUGGUUACAUUACCAAAAGAUAUAAGAGACAAAGUACCACUUAUUUCGAGAUGUUGGAAGAAUAGACCAGAUACUAUUAAUGUUUUACAAAGAAUGUCAGUUGAUCCUUCGACAAGAGAUCACCCUAGAAACCCAACGAAUCGAAAUAGAUCUAUAUUUUCUAAAAUACGUUCGUACCGAACUGCACCCGCACCAUUUCUUGAAACGCAAACAUAG